UAGGUAACGGUGGUAAAAUGAAAGUCCAGUAUAUUUUCACUGUUACUGAGACAGUGCCCUAUUUUUUCAGAUUAGUCGAUAUACCAUAAGUAAUCUGACAGUACGAAAAUGGACAUGCAUGUUUGAUUUGGACUACGACAGCUGUCGUUAGUACUCCAUUAUGAUAGUGGUCGCUGUGAUAGGAUAGAACUACGUCGAUACGAAAACCGAGGAGAGAAACUUCUUCCAUAGCAACGUCAAGAUACAAGAGCAUCUCCUAGCGCAUGUUUCAGAGGUUGAGUUUUUUGUUUUUUUUAGUUUUAGAUUUAAAGUUUUAGCUCUACACAAAGUCUCCAAGAAUUAGGUGACGUUAUUCGCUUUGCCAAUGAGAUGCAAUUUUCUCAGUGAAAGUUAGAUGAGCUUGGGGUGAUAAUCAUGCUUAUGAUUUUACGCCAUCGUUGUUUGCUAGCAUUAGCUCAACGUUAACUGCAAUCCUCCGCGGUUGGGUUGGGGGUUUAUUGUUUAUAUCGUGUAACACCUAUGUCAGCUAUGCACAUAAAAUGGUGCAUAAAAUCAUGUCUUGGAUUGUGCUGUCAGUGUCUGCGCUCAGCAUUAUUUCUACAGUGGCUUUUAACGACACUGUAAAUCAAACAGACUCGCCCUCAGGUGUCAAUAACACCAACGUUACCGAGGAACCUACAUCCUCAACGCCUACUCAAUCUGACUUUUUUGAAACGACAACAAUUGAGGAGGACUUCUUCACCGACACAAUAUUACCAAUCACGACUAAUGUUACAGACAGCACACCAACGGACAGUAGCUUCACAGAUGCCAGCACUACAGAGAGCAUUAAAGUUACAGUUCCGACAGAAUGCUUAUGUGAUAUUACUCCAAACUUCUGCGAUAUUGGCUGCUGCUGUGACAAUUUGGAUUGCGAAAUAGAUGACUUGAGCUCAGUCUUCAAUGGUUGUGAAAAAGAAACAAGGCCACCAGGUGUGUGCAUUGAGAAAUGGUUGAUGUUCCGAGCAAACAUUGAUCCGGACCUCAUUACAGAGACUGAUUCAUUAUUCUGCGUGAGAGAAGAAGCAAAGACAACAGAGCAGCAAAGCCUCCCUGCUCUUUCAGAGCAGCAGGACAAGGUGUUCCCUUCCUUCCUACAGCAAGAUGACACAACUACAGACUCUAUCAUCAAAGAUUUUUAUAAGGUUGAUGAUAUGAUACUUAUUCAGUACAAUCGUAUUUCCAUGCUGGGUACACUCAAACAGCCAUCACCUGGAGUAGCCUCAUCCCUCUGUGUUGACCUCAACCCAGCCAGAUUCUUGCGCUCCACAUCACACUCUUGUUCUCGAGCCUUGAAUGCUCAGUCCUGCUCAAACGAUCCCAGACUGAAUGUGCACACUUACUUUAAAGACAUUAGCCUGCUCAGGGUGCCAAAUCCACAAAACGUGGAUAUUUCAGACUUACUGAUCCCCGUAAUCCCUGUGGCCAUAUGGUCACAGCCCAGUGAACAAAAUGGCACCUGUUUGAAUGUUGUGUCUAAGGUUGAGUACAUUAUUGAGUUUUCACAUGCAGGGGAAAUCACAAGUGCAACACUACGUGCCAGCUUCCUGAAUUCAAGCCUGGAUGCACAAAUAUUACAGGAGUUUUCGGUCACAUUUCAGUUAGCCACUGCUGGCCCCACGCCUGCCCCUUUGCCAGCAAUGGGGCUGAUUGUUGGAAACCCAGUGACCGGUCGGUUUGGUGAAGAGGCCAAUUCUGUAUCUUUUCUACUCAACCAAACAGAGUCCAGCCAAAGUGCUGACAACUCUGGCUCCAGCAGCAGCCUGCUCAGUUCCUCUAGCCGUGCGCGUGCCCAUCCGCUUCACAUACAACUCCAUCUCUGGCUGCUCCUUCAGGUCUGCCUCCCAAAACUGUAGUGAGCUGAGAUUAGACAUGUAUACAGUCUUGACUGGCAUGGCAACCCCUGACGUGGUGGCGAUGAGUUCAGGCCCCAAGCCAGAUUGGGCUGAGGUCAUCACUGAAGACUGCCUAGAGUCCC